AAAAAAUUUAUCAGCACAGUGCAUAAUUCGACACUCACUCAUCUCUCCUGGGGUUCGCUGAUUUUCUUUCCACAAUACAUUCUUCAUACGUUUCGACGAGGUGGUGCAGAUGGAACAUAUGGAACAUGAACCCAGUAAUCAACCCAAGCAAGAGCGUUCGAGGACAAGAUGGACAGCAUUCCUUGACAAGAUAUUUGCAGACUUGGUUGUCAAGCAGAUUCAACUUGGGAACAGACAAAACGAUGUUUUUGACAAGAAAACGUGGAAUCACAUUCGUGAUGAGUUUAAUAAGCAAGCCGGCCUUAAUUUCAACAAUAAUCAACUGAGAAAACAUCUAGAUGUUCUUCGAACACGCUUUAAUAAUUUGAAAGCUACUAAUGAUCAAAAUAAUGGCUUUGUAAUAGAUGAUCCCCUUUACAUCGGCUUUGAUCAGUGGGAAGACAUCGGGCUUCCUGUGCAGACACAGCCUAGGAAUGAGACAGUUAAGGGGAAAGAUUGUCCGAUAUAUGAGCAGCUCUGUUCAAUAUUCACAGACUCGCCCGCAGAUGGGAAAUACGCCCAAUCUAGUCAUUAUGAAGAGUUAGAUAAAACUGUCGGUAUCGAUGCUAAUGGCUUGACUUCGUGUCCAGAAAUUGGUGUCUCUCAUUAUGAGAAUCCAUCAUCCUCAAAGUCCGUUCCAGGGAAUAUCUCAAAUGUUGAGAAAGUGACAAAAAAUUGUCUUGAUAGGAAAAGGAAACGUCCUAAUGAAACACAAACUACUAGUCUGGAUCAAGACACAUGCAAUGCUAUGGCAGAAGCCUUGUUACAAAUGGUUUCAGUUUCAAGGUUAAAGGCAGUUGUUUCAAGUGUUAGUGAUGAUAAAUUUUCCAUAACAAAUUGCAUCAAGGCUCUGGAUGAAAUACAAGGCAUUGAUCAACAUCUUUACUUUUCUGCACUGGAUCUCUUUGAGGACCCCAAUUUAAGAGAGAUAUUCAUUUCGUUAAAAAGUGUCAAGAUUAGGCUGGCAUGGUUGCAAGGAAAAUGCAGUAAAAGUUCCAUCCGUUAGUUUAUACUUAUGCCAUUUUGAAGUUGGCUUCAUUUACUUAGGCUAUAGACUUAGUAAACCCUUCUUUUUGUUUUGCUGUAAGUAAUUUUGUUUUAGUUUUUGCAAAUUUUCUCAACUCCUUACAAGAGCCAUUUCAUCUGAACAUGAUUGUUAUAGUUAUUUCUCCAGAUAUGAUGUUGAGGAUCCAUUUUAUCUACAUGUAUCUUCGACCCCUUUUAAUUAAAUGUAAACAAGUGGUAUCUUGCAUUUUAU